GCUCUCAGUGCAUGUUAGCCCGAAUUGUAAGCUGAGAAAGAUCCUUUCGGGUCCUAUAAAUUGAUUUCAUGGUCAGGCUAGUGUACGAUAGCGAAAUCUGCAAGGAAUUUCUCCCGGAAUCUGUAUAUCGAUUGAUGAUUGAAGGGUUUUCUUUUUGAUUCUGUUGACGAUCUUUGUAUCCGGCAUUCGAUCUUCUUCACCUCUGAUUCUUUUCAGGGGUGGAUAUUUUGACAAUAUGAGGUCAACUCUGUAUGACAUGAUGGAAAGGAAGGCUCCCUCCUUGGUUGAACUUUGUAUUCGGUCUGCAAUAGAUAAUGUUAGGUAUCUUGGGGAUGUUGGGGAGACAGACAUAUACUUAUUGAAGGAUAUUUUAACGCACUGUACGGUUGAUCAACUGAUGCACAUAGAGAAUUCUACAACUGAUAGAGAUCUAAGUCCAGUAACAGAUAAUUUAUGGAAAAAAUUUUAUGAACAAAACUUUGGUGCUAAAAGCACUGAUCUUGUGAUUGAAAGAAUGAAGCAAAAGAAAGUUUCAUUCAAAUGGAAGCAGUUGUAUGAGGCAAAACUCAAGGACUGGGAUGAAGCACAGAAGAAAUCUGUUGAUCGACUUAAGCAACUUUAUGAGAAAGAAACCGUUAGAAAACAAAGUAGGCAGGUUCGGCUUUGUACAAAAGUUCCACCUUCAACCGGCAAAAGAAGCUUUUAUGGAGGGCCUGGAUCUUGCAAUGGCGUUUCAAAUGUAAAAGGGAACCUGAUGAAAAAGGCAAAACUGGAAUUUCUUAACAGUCCUGAGGUAAAAUUUGCAGCCAUGAAGAAGGCCUUGCAAAGGAAUCAAGGAACUUCUCACACAAUAAAACCCACUGGUCUUCUUGGAAAGGGUUCUUCUUCAAGUUCCAGAACAACACCACCAUUUCAAAGAAGAUCUUAGCAAUCCACCUUGGGAAUCUGGUCGGUCCUUGUUGAGGAGUGAAUUGUUGCAUCUGUACUUGAUCCUCAAUAUUUGAGAAGUUGUGUUGUAGUGCAUCCUUGGGUUAUGGUGACUGUUG